GUUCUGUCCGCAGCACAAUUUCUUAUUGAUAUUUACUUCAUGUCCCCCCCCCCCCGUGAGACAACGCUUUUAAAAGAAUAAGGAAGUGCUUAUUUUCAUAACGAACCCAACAUGGAGGACGACGCUCCUGUCAUCUACGGUCUCGAGUUUCAGGCACGAGCUCUGACUGCUCAGACAGCUGAGACUGACGCCAUCCGUUUCCUCGUGGGCACCCAGUCUCUGAAGUUUGACAACCAGAUCCACAUCAUUGACUUUGAUGAUGAGAAUAACAUCAUUAAUAAGAAUGUCCUUCUGCACCAAGCUGGGGAGAUAUGGCACAUUGGCGCCAGUCCUGCAGAUAAGGCUGUGCUUACCACCUGCUAUAGCAAAACCAGCGACAGCAGGGUGGUCUCUUGUGGGGCGGUAUGGCGGAUGCCCACUGACUGGGAGACGGGGAGCCACGAGUCACCUGACGACACCGCCCACAACCCUCAAACCCUGGAGCUGCUUUGUCACCUAGACAGCAGUGCCCAUGGCAACACAGCCUGUGUACUGUGGGAACCCAUGGGGGAUGGCAAGCGUUUGAUUUCACUGGCUGAUAACCACGCACUACUCUGGGACCUGCAGGAGAGCUCCUCACAGGCCACGGUCUCCAGCACUGCCACCCUGGAGGGCAAAGGUCAGCUGAAGUUCACCUCGGGCAAGUGGAGCCCCCACCACAACUGCAGUCAGCUCGCCACAGCCAAUGACACGGCCAUACGGGGCUGGGACCUUCGCACUAUGAGUCAGAUCUACUGUAUCGAGAACGCUCAUGGCCAGCUGGUGCGUGACCUGGACUUCAACCCCAACCGACAGUACUACCUGGCUAGCUGCGGAGACGACUGCAAGGUCAAGUUCUGGGAUGUCCGCAAUGUCCAGGAGCCUGUCAAGACCCUGGAGGAGCACUCCCACUGGGUGUGGAGCGUCCGCUACAACCACAGCCAUGACCAGCUGGUGUUGACAGCCAGCAGUGACAGCCGCCUCAUCCUCUCCAAUAUGGUGUCCAUCUCCUCAGAGCCGUUCGGACACUUGGUGGAUGACGAGGAGCUGAGCGAGGGGGAGGAAAACCACCAGGACGACAAGAGUAAGGAGCCCUUAAAGGACAGCGUGGUGGCCACCUACGAGGAGCACGAGGACAGCGUGUAUGCGGCCGAGUGGUCGUCGGCCGACCCCUGGCUCUUUGCCUCGCUCAGCUACGACGGGCGCCUCGUCAUCAACAGGGUCCCGCGGGCCCUCAAGUACCGCAUCCUGCUAUGAGGCGGGGGGGGGGGGGGGGGGGGGAUCGCUGAUGUGAAUUUGUACAGAAGGAGUGUGGGAAGAAGAGGGGACAACACAACUGUGCACAUCCUUAACAGCCGUCUUUACACAUUCCUUAGUAACAUGGCAGAGUGAGCUGCCCCUGCAGGUUGAGGCAAAGACCGUGUGUGAUGUAAAUAUACUGUAGUACAUGUAUUUAAUUGACCUCUGUAAACAAAACAUCUGUUCUGAAUAUUGAGAUUAAAAUCUGAAAAAGACUGUUUAAGUUGA